AUGGACGAAUGUCAUCGGGACUGCUGCUGUCGACUCGGAGCGCCCGAGCUCGCUGCUCCGGCCGAGCAUGCGGCCGACCAUUUGCCUGCGACAGUGUGGUACAUUGAGAGGAUGGGCGUUGCAAGUCAUAGUCGAGUACUUGCCUACAGACCGCGAGGUGGGGACCACAGGCUCCUCGAUCAAGAGAACCCGGACGAGACGCCACCCGGCUAG